GUUUUGCUUGUCUCUAAUGCACAGAAAGGGUUGUAUUCAUCCAGUCCAGGCCAAAGGAAGCCAGCAAGGUUUUUUUCCCUGUGUCUAGGAUGCAGAAGAUCCCCCACUGAAGAAGCGCCAGUGGUCCAGGAUGCACCGACGAGCAAAAGAAGAAUCCAGCUGUGAAACAAACUGCGGCGCUGCUAAAAACACUCCUAUGGGAGAAAGGAAAGAGAAGCCACUUGUGAAACACCGUCAUGCCGAGCAGAUCCUGCAGGCUCUGGACCACUAUCGGAAGGAGGGUGUUUUCACCGACGUGGUACUCAUGAUGGACGGACAGGAGUUCCCUUGCCACCAUGCUACUUUAUCUGCCAACAGUGCUUAUUUCCGGGCGAUGUUUGCCAGUGGCCUGAAGGCAGGUCGCCAAGAUGUCGUCAACCUCCAGAAUAUCUCUGCUUCCACCAUGGGCCUCAUCUUGGACUACAUGCAUGGGAAGGACGUAGUCAUCCAAGAAGACAACGUGGAAGGGUUGUUGAAACUCUCUGACUUGCUCCAAAUCUCCAAGCUCCAGGAGGCCUGCAUCAACUUCUUGGAAGAUCAACUCCACCCUUCUAACUGUUUCAGCAUCAAGAAGUUGGCCGAAAACUUUUGCGUCCCAUUCCUGGUGGAGAAGAGUGAGAGGUUGAUCCUGGGCAGUUUGGGGGAGGUGUCCCGCCAUGAGGAAUUCCUCGAUUUGGAGGCCAGAGAGCUCGCUAAGUACCUGGCGGAGGAGCAGUUGGCAGUUCUGACAGAAGAAGUAGUCUUCGAGGUGGCCAUGAGAUGGGUGCGCCAUGAUGCGUCCGCCCGGAAAGGGGUGUUGAGAGAUCUGCUGCAGUGUGUGCGUCUCCCUUUGUUGGACCCUUGCUACUUUGUGGAGAAGGUGGAGAUGGACGAGCUCAUCCGGGCAUCUAAGGAGUGUCUUCCUUUGCUGCGAGAAGCCCGCAAGGCUUAUGUUCUAGGCACCGAAGUCGGCUCUCUGUGGUCUAGACCAAGAAGAUUCAUGGAAUUAGCAGAAACGAUCGUGGUGGUCGGAGGCUGCAAUAAAAAGGGCCGUGGGAAACUCCCCUUCGUGGACAUGUUCCAUCCCGCAAGUGGCCAAUGGAAGCCGCUCUCCACCAUGCCAGGAUAUACCAAAUCGGAGUUUGCUACUUGCACUCUGAAGAACGACAUGUACAUAUCAGGAGGUCAUAUCAAUAGCAGCGAAGUCUGGACGCUGAGCCCAAAGCUGAACACCUGGAUCAAAGUUGCCUGCUUGAAGAAAGGCCGAUGGAGGCACAAAAUGGUUGCUGCUCAAGGAAAGAUCUACGCAGUGGGUGGUUAUGACAGCUGUGACCGGCUGGCUAGUGUGGAAUGUUAUGACCCCUUCUACAACACUUGGACACCUGUGGCCCCUCUGGUGGAAGCCAUCAGUUCGGCGGCAGUUGCGUCCUGCCUCGGUCAGCUGUAUGUGAUUGGGGGUGCAGUGGAUGAUAGCUCCAACACAAAUAAGGUGCAGUGCUAUGAUCCAGCGACCAACCAAUGGACCCUUCUGUCUCCCGCCCCUUUUAGCCAAAGGUGUAUCAAUGCCGUCACGUUGAAUAACUUGAUUUAUGUUGUCGGAGGCCUUCUGAAUAAAAUCUUCUGCUACGACCCCCAGAAGGACACCUGGAGCGAAGUGGCAUAUCUCCCUGGGCCUCUGGAGAGCUGUGGAGUCGCCACAUGUGCUGGCAAGAUCUAUAUCCUUGGAGGCAGAGAUGAGAACGGAGAAGAUACAGAGAAAGUUUUCGCUUUUGAUGUGGCUACAGGGAAAGUGGAACCACAGCCGCCCCUCCAGCGCUGUACCAGUUACCACGGCUGUGUGACUGUCCUCCGGCAUAUCACCAGAUGAUCUAGGGCUGCCGGCCUCCAGUUGGUCAGUUCUCCUGGGCAUUGCAACAGGCCUCCGGAAUGUAGAGAUUGCUUCCCCUGGGGGAAAUGGCCACUUCAAAGGACAGAUUCUAUGGUAUACCACAGAGUCUAGAGCAAUGGAAGUGAUGCUUCCUCCCCAACGUGCCUCUCUCCAUCCUCACACUCUGCUCUCCCCAGGUACCUCCCUCAAAUCUACAGGAAUUUCCCAAGCCUGAGUUAGCAGCCCUACCUGGGGGUGGUUACUCACCUUGUCUUACCUCCCUCUGGGGGUGCCAACUUCGAGGUGGUGACUGGAGAUCUCCCGCUAUUACAUCUCCG